UGAUUGGAGAGAGUAAUAGAAAAGGUUCUCUGUCUGUCUCCUCUCUCACAUUUCGCUUCUCAUCUACUUCCCUCUCCUUUCAACUCUCUGCUGCUACACCUAACCCUCAUCUUCUCUCACUUACACACUCACAAAACCCCAUUUCCCUUUAAUUCUUCAAAAGAGCGCACACACACACACACAUAUUUUCUUUUCUUUUCUUUUGUGAAACCAGAUUGCCAUGGCUCUGUCACGUUUAUCCCACCGCGGCGUCGGAUCCACCCUCCUGAGGCCCUUCUCCGCCCGUCCGAUCUCCUCCGACGCCACUCUCACCAUCGAGACCUCGGUCCCCUUCACCGCGCACAACUGCGACCCUCCGUCGCGUGACGUCGCCACCUCCGCCCCGGAGCUCCUCACCUUCUUCCGCGACAUGGCCCUGAUGCGGCGCAUGGAGAUCGCCGCGGACUCCCUCUACAAGGCCAAGCUCAUCCGCGGCUUCUGCCACCUCUACGACGGCCAGGAGGCGGUCGCCGUCGGCAUGGAGGCUGGAAUCACCAAGCGCGACUGCAUCAUCACCGCCUACCGCGACCACUGCACCUUCCUGGGCCGCGGCGGCACGCUGCUCGAGGUCUUCGCCGAGCUCAUGGGCCGCAGAGAGGGCUGCUCCAAGGGCAAAGGGGGCUCCAUGCAUUUCUACAAGAAGGAGAGUGGGUUCUACGGUGGGCACGGGAUUGUGGGGGCGCAGAUCCCGUUGGGGUGUGGCUUGGCGUUUGCGCAGAAGUAUUCUAAGGAUGAGGCUGUCACCUUUGCUUUGUAUGGAGAUGGAGCUGCCAACCAGGGGCAGCUUUUUGAGGCGCUCAAUAUUGCCGCACUUUGGGAUCUUCCUGCCAUUUUGGUCUGCGAGAAUAAUCACUAUGGGAUGGGGACUGCGGAGUGGAGGGCUGCCAAGAGUCCUGCUUAUUAUAAGCGUGGGGAUUAUGUGCCUGGAUUGAAGGUAGAUGGCAUGGACGUUCUUGCUGUUAAACAAGCUUGCAAAUUUGCAAAGGAACAUGCUUUGAAGAAUGGGCCCCUUAUUCUUGAAAUGGAUACUUACAGAUACCAUGGUCACUCCAUGUCUGAUCCUGGUAGCACAUAUCGCACACGUGAUGAAAUUUCUGGUGUGAGACAGGAGCGUGAUCCAAUUGAGAGAGUAAGAAAGUUGUUGUUGACUCACGACAUUGCUGCUGAAAAGGAGCUAAAGGACAUUGAAAAAGAAAUCAGGAAAGAAGUUGACGAAGCCAUUGCUAAAGCAAAGGAGAGUCCAAUGCCAGAUCCAUCUGAUCUAUUUACCAAUGUCUACGUUAAAGGUUACGGAGUCGAGUCAUUUGGUGCUGAUAGGAAAGAAGUGAAAGUUACUUUGCCAUGAUUAAGAACUGUGUCAUUCGAAUAUUUUACUACCGUGUGGUAGCAGACUCUUCAAAAUAAUGAAGAAUAAAAGGUUCAACAACAGGUCAUCCCUCCCCAUAUUGGUUCAGUUUACCCUCGUGAAUAGGAAAUUUAUGCUUGGGUACCAACGGGGAGGAAUUUAUUAUUUUUUUGGCAUGUAAUUUUGGAGGAGCUAACAGGCAAAGCAUCAUUGUGAUUGAUGCAACUGAGGUGUUAUUUCAGGAAUACAUUGUCCACUUCUGCAAAUAUGUACUUCAUGUUAAUUUAAACACAUCUCAAUCAUAUUCAUUUGUCUUUGAGAAAUACAUUGUUCAAAAU